UGGUAGAUACAGAAGUGUAUUAGAAGCUAAAGAAAUAGUAAUUAAAUAUAAAAGUUUUAUAAAUUCACUUCCUGUCUCUACUGAAGUAAAAGCAUUUUUUGUAUAUAAUCUUGAAGAAAAUUGGAUAAGAUAUGAGUAG